AUGAUGGAGAGCAGAGGAAGCAGCAUCCUCAUCAAGGACAUAAAUGCAAAGGUUUUCGAGAUUGUGCUGCAUUACAUGUACAAUGAUCGUCUGCCAGAGUCUAUGGAUGAGGCGACGGAAGAGACCACAAACAUGGUGCAGCAUCUGCUCGUCGCGGCUGAUCGUUACGCAAUGGAAAGACUAAAGCUGAUAUGCGAGAUGAGGUUGAGCAAGGCGCUGGAUAUCAACACGGUGGGUUUCACCUUGGAUCUUGCAGAGCAAUACCAUUGUCAGCAGCUCAAGGGUUGCUGUCUCAGGUAUAUGACAAGAAACGGCAAGAGAUUACAAGAAAUCAUAAACACCGAGGGGUUUGCUGAACUAAAGCGAAACCAACCACAGGUCGCAUUCGAUAUUCUUGGACAAGUUAUUGCCUUACUGGCAACUUAG